GAGCGACAACUUGACUUAAAAAAGCUUAGCAAGCUUUAGCUAGGGUUUAUCACUCAUAUUUCGUCAUCCUUAGUUCAAAAAUGGCUGCUGCUGCUUCUUCUUCUAUCUCAUCAGCAACACCACCACGCACAUUCCCAAUCUCUCGAAUUACAUCCUCAAAGCUACUCCCUCAUUAUCAGCUUCACUUACAACGCCGUUUCACUCAAAAUCCCAACAUUUCAAUUUCAUUUCCCUCCAAUUCCACCCACAAACCACCCCUCAUUGUCUGCUCCUCCUCCUCCUCCGGCGAGCCUCUCCGUCGUCCCCGCCCUGAUUACAUCCCCAACCGCAUACCGGACCCCAACUACGUCCGAAUCUUCGACACAACCCUCCGCGACGGGGAACAAUCACCCGGCGCAACUCUAACUUCAAAGGAAAAGAUCGACAUUGCCCGCCAGCUGUCCAAGCUCGGCGUAGACAUAAUCGAAGCGGGUUUUCCGGCCGCCUCUAAGGAUGAUUUCGAGGCAGUGAAAACAAUUGCGAAAGAGGUUGGAAAUGAGGUUGAUGGGGAUGGUUAUGUGCCCGUGAUUUGCGGAUUAUCCAGGUGUAAUGAGAAUGAUAUUAGGACAGCUUGGGAAGCGGUUAAGUAUGCGAAAAGAGCGAGGAUACAUACGUUUAUUGCGACGAGUGGGAUACAUAUGGAGUAUAAGCUGAGGAAGAGUAAAGAGGAAGUUGUUGAGAUAGCUAGAAGUAUGGUUAAGUUUGCUAGAAGUUUAGGGUGUGAUGAUGUUGAGUUUAGCCCUGAAGAUGCUGGCAGAUCUGACAGAGAGUUCUUAUAUCAUAUCUUGGGUGAAGUUAUCAAGGCUGGUGCAACAACUCUGAACAUACCUGAUACUGUUGGUAUAACUUUGCCUAGCGAGUUUGGGAAAUUGAUUGCAGACAUAAAAGCCAAUACUGCAGGAAUUGAUGAUGUCAUUAUUUCAACACACUGCCAAAAUGAUCUUGGACUUUCUACUGCCAACACUUUAGCAGGGGCCUAUGCAGGUGCAAGACAAUUGGAAGUAACAAUUAAUGGCAUUGGUGAAAGAGCUGGAAACGCUUCCCUAGAGGAGGUUGUAAUGGCGAUAAAAUGCCGCGGAGAGCAUAUUCUAGGAGGUCUUUACACCGGAAUCAAUCCUAGGCACAUCACUAUGACAAGCAAGAUGGUUGAAGAGUACACCGGGUUGCAAGUUCAGCCACACAAGGCUAUUGUUGGAGCUAAUGCUUUUGCUCAUGAAAGUGGUAUACAUCAGGAUGGAAUGCUAAAACACAAAAGCACAUAUGAAAUUAUUUCUCCUGAAGAUAUUGGGCUCGAACGAUCUAAUGAUGCUGGGAUUGUCCUUGGAAAACUUAGUGGCCGCCAUGCUUUGAAGGAUAGACUAACGGAGCUUGGGUAUGACCUGAAUGAUGAGCAAUUAAGCACGAUCUUUUGGCGUUUCAAGGCUGUAGCUGAAACCAAAAAGAGAGUUACUGAUGCAGACCUGAUAGCGUUGGUGUCGGAUGAAGUUUUCCAGCCAGAAAUAGUUUGGAAGCUUGCCGAUUUGCAGGUCGCUUGCGGAACACUGGGUCUCUCUACUGCAACAGUCAAACUUUUUAGUGCUGAUGGUGAAGAGCACGUAGCAUGUUCUGUUGGUUCUGGACCGGUAGAUGCAGGAUACAAGGCUGUUGAUCUCAUUGUGAAGGAACGGGUUGAACUUCUUGAAUACUCCCUGAUUGCUGUUACUGAAGGUAUUGAUGCAAUAGCCACUACCCGCGUACUAAUUCGUGGUGAGAGUGAUCACACAUCUACUCAUGCAUUAACAGGCGAACCUUUCCAACGGACAUUUAGUGGGUCUGGUGCUGGAAUGGACAUUGUUGUUUCGAGUGUGAAGGCGUAUAUUGGUGCAUUGAAUAAGAUGUUAGCUUUAAAGCAAUAGUUGCCAACAAAAAGAGUUUCUUCAACGGAGAGGAGUAUCUGCGGGAACAAGUUUCUAUCCACCAUGCCAAAGUGUAAAACUAGUGAGUGUUCAAGAAGUGUUUUAUGCAAAUUGACUCGAGAAUUUGUUCAUGUGCAUGCGUUUUUAGGGGGUUAACUUUUACCAACUCUUAGGGGUGUUGUACUUGUUUUCCGGGGGUAAUUCUUUCCUCUCAAUCAACACAACAUCAAUUGCCAUAA